AUGUCAAAUCUUCGAAAGAAAUUAUUAAAAGUAAAGAUUAGUUGGUUAUUGGAAAUAGCUGAAAAUCUACACAUUACUAUACCAGAUGGCUCGGAUAAGGCUGUUACUGCUUCGUUGUUGAGUGAAUGUGGAUUUGCAGAGUCGGUAGAAGAACAAGUAGAUAAAAUCCAAAGAAACUAUGAGAAAGUAAAGAAGGACAAUCUGCUUGAUUUUCUGCGGGGAAUGAAGUUACAGAGUCUGAAGCUACUCACCGACACCCUCAAUAUUAUAGUACCGGCAUCUUCUUCUCGCAGCGACAUUAUCUCACAGCUUCAUGAACACUACAGAGAGCAAGUUGUUAAAGAACUAAACAACAAUAGAGCAAGAUACAUCGAAGAAUAUAUAUUUAGACACCAACAAAUAAGACAUCCAACACCAAUACUUCAACAACAAACCAAAGAACCAUUUUGUAUUGGUGGUCUUUCAUAA